UCUCUCUCUUUUUUCCUCUUACAAGAAGCUCACACUCAAUCCCCUGUUCACUUCAAUCUCCUUCACAACAAAAUCAAGAAUUGCCAUGAAAGACAGAGGCAAAGCUGCAGCUACAGAAGCCAUUAAUGGCGAAAACACCAAAAUUUCAGAUUUCAAUUACUCUGUUUCAUCAGAUAUCCCCUGUAUGCAACACCCAAAUUCAUCCCCAAUUGGGAUUUGCUCUUCUUGUCUCAAAGACAAAUUACUCAAUCUAAUUUACUCCGAUCAAUUCUUCUCUGAUGAUACAGAAAUAAAUUCUCCUUCUGUUGAAUUUGGAAGUGUUGGGAGGAUUUCAUUUUUGCUUGAAAAUGAAAAACAGAGUAAAACAGAGCAAGUAAUCUUGCUGAGGAGCAGCAGCAACAGUGUUGAAAUCAAGAAGAAUCGUAACGGGUUUUGGAAAAUCAAGAGAUUUUUCAAGAAAAAUAGUGAAAUUUCAGGUCCCAUUGAAGGAGUUGUUUCAAGAUCAAGAUCACUCUGUAGCUUCAGAGGUGGUGGUGGUGGUGAUGAUGGAAGCAGUGAUUACAGAUUUUCAAGUGCAAAAAUCUCUGAUGUUACUGGUGGUUUAUUAUUUGAUGAUUUCAAGAAUCACAGGAAAAAAUGCUCGGACUCUCCAAAAACGUUGCCGAUCCUUAAAAAAAACACUAUUUUUAAAGGAUCCGAUACAACAUUUUUAAAGAAUCCGAGCAACAGAACUACUAUGAUUGAUGAUGAUGAUGAUGGUGAUUCAGGUUUUAUAGAUUUGAAACUUGAUUUAUUAUCAGAGCCAAAAUUUGAACAUUUUUCAGAAUCUGGAAAUUUGAGAGGUGGAUCUUGUAGAAUGAAUGAAUAUGACAGAAUGAUGAAAAAGGGUAAAAAUGGAAAAGGAAACAGAGUAUGGAAAUGGAUUUUCAAGAAAAGUAAAAGAGAUGAAAUUAAUAGUAAUUUGAUUAUUAAGUCUUAGUAAUUUUAGUUUUGCAAUAAUCUUGUUUUUUUUUUGGUACUAGAUUUGGUUACUUUUGUUGUUAGUAAGCAAAGUAAAUAUACAAACUUUACCUUUA